AUGAUACCCAAACAGAACAACAAAGUCCCACCAGAGAUUGUUCAGCAGCUCAUCAAAGAUGCCCUCCAAGAUCCACAGCUUCCCAGGCAGAAUCCCACAGAAGCCUUUUGGCAGCUGCCUGCCGCAGAACAUGCAAAAGCACAAUCUGCCAAGCUCUCCUCUGUCACCACGUACGCCAUCAUAGGCUCUGGGAUUACAGGCUGUAGCGUGGCGAAGAAUCUGCUUGAUAAUCUACCCGCAGAUUCUAAUUCGACAGUCACCGUUUUCGAGGCACGCUCACUUACCAGUGGAGCCACGGGACGAAAUGGAGGCCAUAUUCUCUCCCCUGUCCCGGAGGAGUUUGGAGCCAUGUCGAAGGGUUUUGGUGCAACGGAGGCGGCAAAGAUUGGAAGAUUCGCGAAUCGUACACUGGAAUCAAUGCAUGGUCUUGCUGCGACGGAAGGACUGACAGAAGCUGCCCAAGUUCGGCAUGUUCGGACCAUCACUGGCUUCAGGGAUGAGAAGCUUCUCGACGAGGCGAAGAAGAGUUUCCUAAAGUAUGAGGAGUGCGUUCAGGAAGCACAAGGAGAUGGCCAAGUUCUUACUAGCGAGGAGGCCACACAAGAGUAUAAUCUCAAAGACACCGUGGGAGCAAUCAGCUGUAGUGCGGGUGCUUUCUGGCCAUAUAGGCUCGUGACUGGUAUCUUCGCCAGGAUGCUAUCUCAAUACGAUGGUCGCUUCUUUCUGGAAACCGAGACUCCAGUAACUGCGGUGGCCUAUCAACCCGAGGAGGACAGAGACCAUCCUUACAGCAUCGACACGGCCCGUGGAACUGUUCACGCCACCAAAGUCAUCUAUUGCAGUAAUGGCUGGACAGGACAUCUCAUUCCGAAUCUUCGCGGAAAGAUAUUUCCACUGCGAGGGACCAUGUCCGUUCAGAAGGCAGGAUCUGAACUCCCUUCACAAGGAGACCAAAGAUCGUGGAGCAUGAUCGACAAGCCUCAAUACAAUAACCAGGACAGCACAUUCUCAUACGGACUCUACUAUAUCACGCAAGACCCCAUGACAGGGGAUGUUUUCAUAGGCGGAGAAAAGCAAAGGAUAGGGGAAGUGUUGAGCAGCGAUGAUACAACGACAAGCAGUGUCUCGCAGAAAACCUUGGAGAAUAUCCUACCGACAAUCUUCGCAAAGGGGUGGCGAGACGGUGAAGUUCCCGAAGUGAAGAAGCUCUGGAGUGGAGUCAUGGGCUUCACGCCAGACCAUCUACCGUGGGUAGGACAGAUUCCGAAAGAUGUUACUGGUAGAGCGGGUGACGGAGAGUUCAUUGCAGCCGGGUUCAAUGGCUAUGGUAUGCCGCUAUGUUGGGGCUGCGGCGAGGCCGUAGCCAAAAUGAUACUGGGAAAGGAGGCCGAGGUCAGCGAAUGGCUGCCGGCAAGCUUCCUUGUAUCAUCAAAGCGCCUGAACAGCGUAUUCACCACCCCCGAGGCUGCGGUCGCGGGACUAUUGGGACAGUUGCCGGAUUGGCUGACCACCGCCAAGUUGGUUGGCCGGCACGCCGUAAACCUCGUUAGAGGUGCGUUGUUUAGGUGGAUGUAG